AAAAAUAUGUGUUAAAUAUUCAUUGAACAAUUGUAAAAUCAUGAAUGAUAUUUAAUGAAAACGCAUAAAUAACGCUUUUAUUGUGUAAAGCUUUUAGUCCCCAAAUUAAUUUUGAAUGUAGUCACUAAAUCAGAUGCGCCACUGUCCUGCAGAAUUGUUCCAACCCUAAUCAAACACCUACAAAAAUAUUUUACUUUGUUUACAUUUCAGUAAUAUUAACAAAAUAAUACAUUUGGUAUAUAAUACUAACAGUAAUAAUUUUGAUUUACAAUCGCGUUUUGGCUAAAGAAUCCCAUCGGCCUCCGUAGUCAACUGUAGUCAACUUAUCCAGCAUGGCGUCCGCCGUAAGGACAUCCAUACGAUUUUGCUCACUCGUUCUGCUCACGCGUAGAAGACAGAAUGUCAACAGUAUAUUUCGAUGGUCCUGUCGGCCAUGCUCUUCUCGGUCAGUCAGGAGCAGUCUUUAUGAGCACAUACGAGAAGGGUACAGUCAUAAACCCGAGCUGGAUAUGCGCCGGGUGUGCGAGGAUACAGAUACCGUGAUGGCAGAGGUGGAGAAUCGCAAAGGUGAUCUGCGGGCAGCUGAUGUCGGCCUCAUAAUCACAGUAUGGAAGAAAUUACAGAAUGUGCAAAAAGAAAUAUCAGAAUUGGAGAAAAGAAAAGAUGUAAUCAGUGCUAAAGUCCGCGCUAUUGUGGAUUCACAUGACAAGUCAACUUUGUCAAGUCUUGUGGAGUACAGGACUUGUAGAGAGGAGGGCAGAGAGCUCAGAGAGAGACUGACUCAGCUGUAUUUACAAGAAAGUGAACUGGAGAAAGAGCAUUACUGUCGUGCUCUAAGGCUGCCCAACAAAACACAUCCCAGUGUGCCCAUAGGAGAUGAGAGCCAUGCAAGAGUAGUUGAAUUGGUCGGUCAGAGACGAGAAUUUGAUUUCAAACCUAAAGGCCAUCUGGAAAUUGGAGAACGUCUUGACAUCAUAAGGCAAAGACGGCUUGCUCAUGUAUCAGGUCACAGAUCGUACUACCUGAGAGGGGCAGGGGCCAGACUUCAGCUGGCCUUGCAAAAUUUUGCUAUGGACCUUCUUUAUAAACGGGGCUUUAUUCCCAUGGUUGUUCCUGAUAUGUUAAAAGGAGUGGUUUUUGAAGGUUGUGGGAUGCAACCUCAUGCUCAUAAAUCACAGGUGUACUCUCUGGAUCCCAGCAGCUUUCCUGAUCUUAAUCUUGCUGGUACAGGAGAAGUGGGCAUAGCAGGCUAUUUCAUGGAUCAUGCUGUAAAUUUAAAGGAUCUACCUGUCAGGAGUGUUUGUAGUAGCACAUGCUAUCGAGCAGAAACAGACACUGGCAGAGAGCCGUGGGGUCUCUACAGAGUUCAUCAUUUUAACAAGGUUGAAAUGUUUGGUGUUACAGGAAAUGAGACGGGAGAGGAGAGUUCACAACUGCUGAAUGAAUUUGUUUCAUUACAGAAGGAGAUUUUCUCAUCCCUUCAGCUUCAUUAUAGAGUCUUGGAUAUGCCAACUCAAGAACUUGGGCGUCCUGCUUACAGGAAGUAUGAUAUUGAAGCGUGGAUGCCGGGCCGCGGCAGCUUCGGAGAGAUUUCCAGUGCAUCAAACUGCACAGACUACCAGAGUCGACGCCUUAAUAUUCUCUAUGAGGCAAAUGAUGGACACCUUAAGUAUGCACAUACGGUAAAUGCCACAGCUUGUGCUAUUCCCCGUACCAUCAUUGCCAUAUUGGAGACACAUCAGACCAAGGAGGGGACGGUUCGGGUUCCUGAUGUCUUACAGCACUACCUUGGAUUGGAAGUGAUUGAGAAACCUACAUACACUCCUAUUAAAUAUGUUGGACCCAACCAGCCGAAGCGUCAAACCUCUAAAUAACUCUUCAUAGCAUACCAGACCCCAAUAAAGUAUUUUUUUAUGUAUUCUGAAGAAUAGUAAACUCUUAAAAAAAAUGUUUGGGUAUAUUCAACCCAGCAUUGGGUCAAAAAGGG